AUGGCGGUGGGGCCUAGCGCCUUGAAUAUCUUGCACCCACGACCGAAGGUGGAUGCCGUCCUGCACGGUACAAGUCUUGCACCGGCGACGAUGAACAACGCGGCCCCCCGGACCAACGUGGUGGGGCGGGUGUUCACCGCCAACGAGUCGCCGCCCGACCAGAAGAUCCCCUUCCACCACGAGAUGGCGCAGGUUCCAACUUUUCCGGCGAAACUCUUCUUCUUCUGUGAGGUGGAACCAAAAAGUGGUGGAGAGACACCAAUAGUCCUCAGCCACUAUGUGUAUAAGAGGAUGAAGGAAAACUUCCCUGAAUUUGUGGAGAAAUUGGAGAAGCAUGGCCUGAUAUACACAAGGGUAUUGGGAGAGGGUGACGACCCAUCUUCUCCAAUCGGCCGUGGAUGGCAAUCCACAUUUCUCACUGAAGAUAAAUCCGUCGCCGAGGAAAGGGCUGUGAAGCUUGGGAUGAAGCUGGAAUGGACCGACGACGGGGUCAAAACAGUGAUGGGUCCGAUACCAGCAGUCAAGUGGGACGAGAGCCGAGGGAGGAAGAUAUGGUUCAACAGCAUGGUCGCUGCCUACACGGGGUGGAAGGAUGCCCGUAACGAUCCAGUUAAGGCCGUCACCUUCGGCGACGGCUCGCUCUUGCCUGCCGAUGUCAUAGAGGCAUGUGGCAAGAUCCUGGAAGAGGAAUGUGUCGCGGUCCCGUGGCAGCAAGGUGACAUCCUUCUCAUCGACAACUGGGCCGUGCUGCACUCUCGGCGGUCAUUUGAGCCCCCGCGGCGUGUGCUUGCUUCGCUCUGUAAAUAG